AUGAACGAUUUAUGGAGUUUAUCAUUUCCGUGGUUAGCAUCAACACCGUUCGACCCCAUUGGAUCCAUCCGCGCCUUUGGACUCCAAUCUAACUUGACAACUAAGAUCCCCGAACGUUUUUUACGCGCGCCGGUCUCUCAAUGUGUGAUAUGCCCAAAAGCACACAAUUUACAUGUCCAUAGCCGCCUCGAUGGGUAUCUCUACGACACAGAUGGUGUCCACUCUGUCCAGACUGUCAUCUUAGAUUGCCCAGGCUGUGGCGCAACCUAUCGACCCAGUUACUACACCAACGCUGGUUUUCGACAUUAUUACACAUUGGACAUGGGGCGCGACGUUGAAAUCCUUCACGUCCACUGUCACUACUACAUCACAAACCGGCUGUGUCACCAGUUCCGUGUUAUUCAAAUGCUUGCGCACGUCUCCCACUUUAACUUGACCAACUGGUACAACGAGCUUCAUGUCGAAGACUCGGAUGUCCCCCAGUUUGGAUCUGCACAGGGGUUUUCCCCGUCCAUGUCAGAGGCAGUGUGCCUAGACGCCCUGGAAAUACGUGCUCUGCUCACCCAUGAAGACCGCCGAAACACACAACUUUCUGUGCCUGCGAGUGGAACUGAUGACGCACGGUUCGACCCGGCGAUUGCCGCCCACCUGGACCGACUCGAUAUUGAAGGUACUCGGUUCUGA